GCUAUCAGUGCAUCCAUCCAUGUUUCAUUUUGAUGAGAAAUCAGUUUGAAAAACACCGACUAGCAUUUCUAGUGCAGCCAUCAAGGGGAUAUCAACACUGAUCAUCAGUGCCCUGAUGAUAAGUGUAGCCCCAUCAGUGCCACCUGUCAGUGCCCAUCAAUGCCAUAUCAGUGCCCAUCUGAGCUGCAGUGCCAGUGCCAGUCAGUGCCCCUAUGAGAGCUGCCAAUCAGUGCCGCCUAUGAGUGCUGCCAGUCAGUGCCACCAGGCAGUGCCGCCUAUCAGUGCCCGUCAGUGCCGCCUAACCGUUCCAGUCAGUGCCGCCAAACAGUUCCAGUCAGUGCUGCCUAUCAGUGCCAUAUAUGAGUACUGCCUUUUAGUGUCCAUCAGUGAUGUCUCUCAAUGCCCACUAGUGAUGCCUGCCAAUGCCCAUCAGUGCUACCUUCCAGUGCUUCCUCAUCAGUGCCAUCAGUGCAGCCUAUCAGUGCCCAUCACUGCAGCCUCUUUAGCGCACAUCAGUUAAGGAGAAAAAUUACUCAUUUACAAAAUUUUAUAACAGAAACUAAGAGAAAAAAAAAACUUUUUUUAAAAAAAAAUUUCUGUUGUUUUUGGUUUGUUUAUCAAAAAAUAA